UUAUUUAUUAUUUUUAUCAUUGUUAUUGUUUAAAGUAUUAAUUAAAUGCCGCCGGUUAUUGUUUUUGAGUUGGAGUUUUUUUUUUUUCGCUCUGUAAUUUUUGCUUCUCGUUUCCUGAAGAUUGUACUUGUUGAUGGCGGAAAAAUCGUGACUGUUGGAUAUUUUUUUGUCAUGCGAUUCGAAUGAAGGGAUGUUUAAAACAAUUAAAUUAAAUGUCUUUGUUGUACACAAGUAAACAGCUAAGAGUCCACAUACGGACCAUGGAUGAUGAGGAACGUCUUGAAGGUGAGGAGGAAAUGGAACUCGAUGAUGCAUCUGAUGGUGAUGAUGAUGACGAGGAGACAUCGGGAAUUUCUGUAUCACCAGCAAACAUGAACAUGGAUCCAUUUAUUGGAGCAUCAUCCACUCCAGGAAAUGUUACUCCUGAUGAAGCCUUUCAUAACCCACUGCGCUAUCAAAAAUUUCCAUUUCCUGGUGGGAAACCUCUGACAAACAUCAGGAGAGGUCCUGGUAGACCGAGAAAAGAAAGACCUCUUGGGUCUAUGCGUGGUGGGGGUUCUCGUCGACAUUUUAGUAGAGGUUCAACUAGAGGCAAAGGGUUGGGUUAUUCCAGGGGAACGCUUCGUAGAACAAAAAGUAAAGACGAUGACACUCAUUCAGAGUCACAAAGUCCUUUGCGACUUACUGAUGAUUCUGGUAUGGAUGGUGAGUCUUCAGGAGUCGGAAUGAUGCCGGCACCUGAAGAGCCUCCGUAUUUCCCAGAGCAAUGGAAAGUAUGUGCAUUUUGCAAUUUAGGAGAAAGAAGUCAACUAGGGCAGGGCGAAUUGGUUCGAUUGUCUUGUCCUGAAGAUUUCACCCCCGAGAAUGCAGUUAACCACGUUGAAACAACAGACCUUAUGGACGUGUCUUCCACCGGUGAUAAAAGCCCUCGCGGGUUAAUGGGAGGCGGCGCAGUAACUUGUCGUCGUCAAAAGAGCCUAGCUAAAUGCAGAAAUCCUAGUCUUACUAAUUUUACAGAACCAGUUGAAGAGCUGUCAAUAGUUGGUUACUCAGACAAGCCCGAGUUAACAGCACUGUUUGAGUCAACAGGUUACUAUUAUGUUCACACCUUUUGCGCAAUGUGGUCAAUUCAAAAUCGAGAAUUGAUAACAGAGCGUAUAAGCCCGAUAUUAGUACAAUCAUCAUUACGCCGAUGCGCUUAUUGCGCUCAUUAUGGAGCAAGUAUUCCAUGCAGAGUACAAACGUGCAAUCGUACAUUUCACUUGCCCUGUGCUGCAGCCUCGGGCUGCUUUCAAGAUAUGAAAAUCUUCAAGCUAUUCUGUAACCAACAUCUUGGGCAAGUGUCUAUUUUACUAGAAAACAGCGACGCUAUUUGUGUUUCUUGUUAUAAAAUGGACGAUAUCGCUAGCUUGGUUAUGUGUUCAGUUUGUGGCUCUCAUUAUCACGGUCAUUGUUUAGGAAUCUCGAUAAACCCCAGUGUAAGAGCUGGCUGGCAAUGCACUGUAUGUCGUGUGUGUCAAGUGUGUCGUCAGUCAGAAACAGAGAUAUCUAAAUUUAUGGGAUGUGAGCAUUGCCAUAAGGCGUAUCAUCCUGGCUGUUUACGUCCUGUUGUUACUUCUGUGCCUCGAUGUGGUUGGAAAUGCAAGUGUUGUCGUGUGUGUACUGAUUGUGGUUCUCGUACACCUGGUGCUGGUUUAUCCUCACGUUGGCACAGUCAUUACACUGUUUGCGACUCAUGUUAUCAGCAACGUAAUAAAGGUUAUUCAUGUCCGCUUUGCAAUAAAGCCUAUCGUGCUGCUGGUUAUAGAGAAAUGGUACAGUGUACUGUUUGCAAAAGAUUCGUACACAGCGGUUGUGACGGCGAGGCUGACCCAGUGACUUACCAACAUCGCAAAGACACUAAACCAGACUACGAGUACGUUUGUUUGGCUUGCAAGGGUAUGGCGAUAGUCAAACGAAAAGAUUAUGAUGAAUUUUAUACUGGAGAUUCAAGCUUGACCGCAUCUCAAGAAAGUUUGUAUGGAGAUGGUGAUUCAUCAGAAUUUGAUUAUCAGGGUGGUGACGAGGCUCAUUUUUCAAUAGGCCUUGGAAAGGGAAAACCAUUUUGUGCGUCAAAGGUCGCUAAAAAACGAUUGAGCUUGCAGGGUGUUAUCGGCCGGCCGAAAGGUGUUGGCAAAUUUGGCUAUCAAAAGCGCCAAAAAAUGAAUGAAUUUGGUCGCAAACGCGGCCCUAAAGCCAAAAUGCGGGGAAUAUUUGGAGCACCGGGUGUCGGUCUUCAACGUCCAAUUUCAGACUCUUUCAACAAAGAAGAAGAACCCGGUGUUGAAAAUAGGCUUGUUUUGUGUUCAGCUAAAGAUAAAUUUGUGUUAACUCAAGAUAUUUGUGUUAUGUGUGGUGCAAUUGGUACUGACACUGAGGGAUGUUUAAUUGCUUGUGCCCAGUGCGGUCAAUGUUAUCAUCCUUACUGUGUUAAUGUUAAAGUUACUAAAGUAAUAUUACAACGCGGGUGGCGUUGUUUAGACUGUACUGUAUGUGAAAAAUGCGGUUUAAGAGACCGUGAAGAUAAACUUAUAUUAUGUGAUGAUUGUGACAUAAGUUAUCAUACGGAUUGUCUGGAUCCGCCAAUGGAAAAUGUGCCUUACGGUACAUGGAAAUGUAAAUCUUGUGCCGUUUGUCAAAUAUGCGGCUCCGGAGAUCCUGGAUUUAAUAGUAUUUGGCAGAAAAAUUUCACCCAAUGUGGACCAUGCGCGUCCCAUUCAUCUUGUGCCUCAUGCCAGGAAACUUACACCGAGGGAGAUUUAAUAAUACAGUGUGUAGUAUGUUCUAGGUGGCUUCACUGUUCUUGUGAUCACAUAAUGACAGAAGCAGACGCUGAAAAGUGUGCUCAAGCCGGUUAUCACUGUAUUAUUUGUCGUCCUCGUGAUGAACCACCGCCUCAUCAAUUGUGCAAUCAACCUAAAUUACAGCCAAAUAAAUACCAUCCAAGAUUAUCACCGCCAAUAGUUCGCAGUCCAGAACACUAUAAAUCACCAAUGUGUCAUCUGAUUGACGGUGUGUAUUUAUCUGAAAUUGGAAUGCAUCACAUUAAAUCACUAACUAUAGAACAUCAGCAGACACGUAAAAAACGGCGAAAAGUACUGCCGGUAUUGGACAAAGAUGCUGAUAUUAUGGCGACAAUUGAUUCUGUUGUUGCUGGUAAUAGUCUUGACAAUUCUUUGGAGGAUAAUCGAGAUUCUAAAAUGGAAAUGAUUGAUAUAAAAGAGGAACCCGGUGAAAUAUUAAAAGACGGCAUGCCUUGGACACUGCGUGAUCAACCACCACCAGAAGGUUACACUGUAUGUACUUCUGAGAAUGGUGUACCUAUUUUAAAGCGUAAACGUCAGCGUAAUUUACAAAAAUUAGGCAUCGGGGGUUUUGUACCACGUAAUCGCGGGACACGUAAAGAUAAAGAUGAGGAAUGUGAAACAGAUAAACAGCUUGCUGGAGACAACAAACAAUCAUCAUCGAUUAAUGGUGUUGGUGUUGGUGUUGGUGUUGGUGUUAAUAUUGGUGUCAGUAGUGGCAGUAUUGACGGGAAACCGCAUGAGGAACUCGUUAAAGCAAGUGUUGCGCUAAAUGAACUGGAAGACCCACCAGGUCCUAGUGAAUUUAAUGAUAUACUUGGCAGUCCGCAUUUUAAUUUAGUCGAGUCUAUGGUACCAGAUGAUACAAAUUUGCCUAAUAUGGCAAGCAAAGAUGUCGAGGAUAUGCUAAAAAGUGUAUUGACCGACGAAUCUCAAGAGUCACAAGAGUCAUCAGUCUUUCCACUGCAAAAUCAAACAGCUCAUACGCCUUCGACACCAACACCACUGGUAUCGCUCUCACCACAUCCUGGUAUGCAAACUGGUUUACCACUUGCAAGACCUCAAGUACCACCUGUAUCACUCCCAACUGUUGGACAAGCUACCUUAAAUUCACCGUUGAGUUUUCCACCACCAUCACCUUAUCAUUCUGAAUACAGCAAUAGCCCUCAAUUUAGUCCAGCAUUUUCUGAGCCACCUAGCCCAUGGGUCAACCCUGAAGAAGAAGGUCCCAGUUGUUCAAUAAACACGUCUAUCUCUAACAAUCAGCGUAAUAACAGUCAAAAGCUUGAAAAAGAUGAAUUACUGGGUCCCAAUGCUACAAGCUCAGCUAUACUUUAUGCAAAUCUCAAUCAUCCAGAUUGGAAAAUUGAAUUUCCAGUUUGGAAUGAAAGAUUGAAACAAAUACUGAAAAAAUGGCGAUCUUUGCCAAAUGAAACAAGACAGCCUUACUUGUCACAAGCUCGUGACAACAGAGCGACUAAUCGUAUGAGAAAAACGCAACAGUGUGUGAACGUGUGGCACCCGUUGAACCGACAGAUACCAAGCACGAUCCCAGUCACUGCAACAAGCUCACCCACCAACACCAACACCACCAAACCCGUCACCACAACGAUGGCUGCCGGGCAAGUGUCUCCAGUAGUACCAAUGGGUACUGGUCAGAACCAAAUAGGUCUUUUGUCAUCUGUAAUAAAUCAUGACAACUCCCAGCAAGACAAGCCAUCAACAUCAUCAUCAGUGUCAGUAGGAGUUAUAUCAGCCGGACCUUCCUCAGUUUUGUCAACAAACGUCACGGGUGGAAUCAUCGUAGCAACAUCGUCAACACCCACAGCAGUAUCAGGAUCAAGUACAUCCACUGCUGUGGGAGUUGGUCAUCUAGCGGAGGUGUGUGCGGUACAGGGACAGGGCCCGAUGUCAAGACAGCUAACAUCUACCUCACCCAGUCCAUCCCCCACCUCAACCAGCUCUUCCUCAUCACCACGACCCAGCUCUGUCAAUUCAAUUAAUAAUUAUAUUAGCAAUUUAUCGCACCAAGAGUCCAAUAAUUCUUCAGCAAAAUGUUUGCCACAGUCGCCUGCCACCACGGCUACUAUUUGCACGACACCGGCUGUCUCUUUCUGCAAUACAAUCAUCACCGAGGGACAACUUUCUUCAGCGAAUUUGCACCAACAACAACUACGCCCGGUGUCUACAGCUCAUACUACUACUACUAUUAAUAGUAGUAAUAAUAAUAACAACAAUAACAAUAAUAAUAAUAAUAAUAAUAAUAGUAGUAGUAGUGGUGGUGGUAGUAGUAACAACAGCAACAUUACUAAUAGCAAUAAUAUUACUACUAUUGUUAAUAGUCCAAGUGUUGUUGUUUCUCAGUCCCCCAGUGGAACUGCAGGUGCAAUCGUGGUGGCUGGCACUGUUCGACAAUUAUCCUCGGUAGAUCAUCAGAUUAGAGUGCUCACCCCGUCUGAAAUAAUGCGCACCCUCCCUUCCCUCAGCCAGGAGCACUACGAUCCGCCACCCACUGCAAUUAUUCACACUGUACCUGUACAGACCCCGGUCAUGGAGCAAGAUCGACUUGCUAAUCGAGAUCGUACAACUAAAGAGGCCGAACAAGAACGUGCAUGGAAGCAAUUGCAACAAUAUAGACAGCAGCAGCAUCAACUUCAACAGCAAGUUAUUCAAGAUCAACGUUUAACCGCAAUGGCAAGAGUACAGCGACAAAUUAGCGAUGAUGGAGUUCAACUAAAUACAGAUAAUAAUACAGGAUUGACAACGCAAUUACAAGUAUCAACUGCUCAGGACGGAAAUCAUCUUGGACCAAUGGCGUCUCCAUCACCUGGGUCUCGCGCGACAUUUGCCACCCCACCGAUGAAAGUUAUUCGUGGCAACGCGCCUCAGAGUCCACAUCAAGUGAUGCCGAGAUUACCAAACCAACAGUGUAUCUCAUCAGCGCGUCCAGUUUCGGUAGCAGUACGUCCAGGGUUGGUGACAAAUUUCCCGCAGCCUCCGUCGCCAUUUUCCCCUCAAGCACCGCAGUCGCCCCACGACUACCCACAAUCUCCAGCGUCAAGUCACGUUACAGUUUCAGCAGGAGGACCUGAACAUUUCCAACGAUUUGAGAAUCCAGCAGAAGCAUUUACUUCAGCAGGCAACCAGACACCUCGUCCGCUUAUGCCAGGUACUCCUACUUAUGCGACAUCGCCUCGCAACGACGUAUUUUCCCAGUCUCCAGGCACCCCGCGUGCCCUCUUUAAUCCCCCUACUCCCCGUUCUUCCACCCACGUGUAUGCUCCAUCACGUACUCCCGAUCCUUAUAGCAAUCAACCUCCUACACCUUCCCCGGCGCCGAGUUAUCCCUCACCACGGCCUGAACUGCGUCAGCAAGAGGUAGUCCUGCCGACCUCAGAAGUUUUCAACCAACAGUCUGAGGUUAAUCAGCAGCUGAGGGACUUACUCCAGCGGUCUCAAUUUCGUAAAAAAACUGAUGGCAUGCCUGGAAACACCUGGACUCCAGAUACAAAUCCAACUGCUGCUGAUGUACAGCAGCAACAACAACAACAGCAUCAGCAGCAACAGCAACAGCAGCAACAACAGCAGCAACAAUUUGAACCUACUCAUGUACAAAUUCCUCAGCAUGCACAGCCAGCUAAUAAUGUUGAGGGUACUUUUAGGCAUCCUUUGCCUCCGGGUAUUAGGCCGCGAAUGCCUAUUCAAUUAAAUGUAUUUAUAAGAAAUACUCCUGAUGCUAGAUUACAAAGUAUAGAUCCACGUACAAGAAUGCUUCUACAGAGACCACAAGUGCCUGGUGGAAUUCCUCAACAGCAUUUUCAAGCACCACCUCAGCAGCAGCAACAACAAGUACUUCAACAGCGAAUGACAGCUCCUAGGAAUCCACAAGAGCAGUAUGAUAUUCUUCAACAGUCUCAACCUUCACAGCAACCCUCACCUCAGCAACAGCAACAACAACCAGGACAGCCACGAUUUCCCUGUUUUUACUCUAAAAACUAA